AUGUUCCGACCAUGGAUACGGUCUUCGACUGGAAAUGAAGUAGAAAAAAAUGAUCCUAACGACAAGUGUUCGACUUCCUUUGAAAACUUCUGGAAGUUCACCGCGGUGUGUACUCCAGAGCGCAACGUGUUUUAUCAAGCUUAAAUUUUCUCCAUUAAGGAAUGAAGCUUUCAUUUAUUUUUCCUGUCUUGAUACUCUGCAUACCGGGUUUUAACAAGUUUCGAAAUGGUUUUGGAAAAACUGAGAAAGCUGGGUUGGAGAAAAAAAAAACCCAAUUAUUUGCUAAUUCCGCUGUUAGGGUUGUGAGGCAAGUUAUCUGGAGUGCAAAGUUUGGUUCAACUUUCCAGCUUCAAGAUUUUGCCGCUCAUAUUUUUUUUCGAAGACUUAAAAUCGAAAGUCGAUCCUUCUCGCUCUUUCAAUUAUUAGUCACGAAUAAGAAAAAAAUCUCAUCGUUUUCCUCCUUCUGGGAUGAACUCUCGAUUUAACUGAUUGGUUUUUAAAUGGUUCAAAAAAAGGGAAGCAGGAUGUUCAUGGCUUUUAAAUUUCUGCUCAAAAAGUUGAUGGCUCAAAUGAACUGGAGAUAGUCAAAAAACUAUAUUAGCUCGGUUUUAAGGAUAAUUGAGGCAAGAUAAGACUGCUAAGAAGCCUCGGAAUCCAAUUUUUGUAAUAAUUGCUUUUUCUCCGAAAACUAGCAGCAAAACCUAAUAAAAAAAAAUGUUUGUGUCCCAAUCAAUAAGUACAAAGGAAAAUUCAAGUCGAUACAAGAAGAGGAGAGGAGCGAGCCGAGUUGGAUGGGGCGCACUUGCGGCUUGAAAUUAUUCUUGGCGCCAAUAUUUUAUCCGACAGACUGUCAUUUUGAUUGUCUUCCAUUCUUGUUACUCGUCGUCCGGACAACGCCUCAUCAACUUUUUAUCCUCGAAGUGUGCUGUCUUUUUUUUCUGUUAUUUUUCCACAGCUCAAACCUAUUCGAUCCGAAAGAAAUCACAAGUUGGUUUUUUAAUAUGUGUCUCAACUAAAGACGAUGUUCCAAUUGAAACUUUUAUCCACGAAUUGAAAUUGGAAGCAAUUUUAAAAAUUUCGAUGUCCAAUAUUGAUAGCUGCUGUUGAGAAUAGUAAAGCGGCUUCAGCGUGACCAAAAAUGUUAAGUAUACUGUCGAGAUUUUUCCGCCAAACAAGAUAUAAGCGUUUGAGGCGAUUUAUGCAUACCUCUUUCGAAAUUGGCGGAUUUAUAGAAAAUUUUUUUAAAGCAUUUUUUUCCAAUAAAAAUCCUGCAAGAAAUCCAUUUGAGAUUACAGAGAUUCAAAAAAUUAUUCGAUCAACUCGAUAAUGAGUUGAGGUUUUUUUUAUUUGCGUUCUCUAUGGUAUACUUCAAAGUACGUCUUAAAUUGCAUUUGGAAAACGUCUUUUCAAGACAUUUACUCGAUUUUUUAGAUGACCACUGACCAGGAAAACGAAGAUUUCAUCAAGAUGGCAGUUAGAUCUCACGUGUGGCUCCAAAGAGCAGAAAGAAACUUUCGUAUGACCAGCUCCCUGAAUGCUCAAAUCGAAGUCCAUCGUCUCCAGAAGUUCAGUCUCGAGAACAAAAAAGACGCGAUUGAAGGAGAAAAAUUGCGCAGAACGCCCAGUUUUGUGGUUCGUAAUUUGUCUUGUCUUUGAAAAUUGAUCGAUUCUGACAUUGUUCCCUUUUUGCAGAUCUUGGCGCCUGAAAAAGAAGCGAUGCUGGAGGCUGCUGAUCUUCUGAGUCUGAAGGCAAUGGCGGCUCAUGCGAAUCUGCAAGACACCAUUAAGAGGGCCACCAAAGUCAUAGCCAACCUCCCAGCAGACAAGAAGAGAAAAGAUAAUCGGAUGCGCCUUUGGACCUACGAGCUUGAAAAAGCGCGUGAGGAAAAUGCUUAUGCUUUUUAUCAGAUGCAAGAUAUCAAGGACUUGCUCCGUCAAAUGGUCCAGAAUACUGUGAGUUUUCAGAAAGUUUUACUGCGGACAGUUACUCAUGUGUCUUUUAGGUUAUCGAGAACCACAGGGACAUUUCAUUGGCCAAUGACACAAAUGACGCCGCCGGGUCCUGCAAUUCUGUCCAAUAG